CAAGAAGAAGUUUGAUGAACAUGGCCACUUCCAUCUGUAGGACGUUGAAAUUAUUUCAUGAGACGACAUGGCACAAUUUAAAGCAUGUUGUGGUUCCGAUCCGAACGAAGAAACGCUUCUUCAUUCCUCCCCCUGUGAAUGUGAAAAGCAAGACCCAAGCAGAGCAGAUGGCGAAGGCGCGCGCAUCCGGUGUGGUCAUCCCGCAGGAGUACAUGGAGAGAGCCAUCAACAUUUCAUGCACAGCUGGGAUCUUUGAUCCGUACAUACCUCCUGAGGGUGAUGCUCGCCUCUCCUCUUUAUCUAAAGAGGGUUUGAUGCAGCGCACAAAGCAGAUACAACAGACUGCUGCCUCCCAACUAGCGAUACGUAAAAUAAAGGAACAUGACUCAGAGUUUUCUACGAAGGAGUUUGCUGUGCGAGCUCAGGAAAUCUUCAUUGAGGCCCAUAUGGCGCUGACUCAGUUCAACAAGGAGAAACUCCAUUCUUUGGUGACGGAAAGGUGCUACCCUGAGAUGGUUCGAGGGAACCGCUACAAAACCUUGCACUGGCGCUUCAUUGAGUCCUUGGAGCCACCACGGAUUGUCCAUGCUAGGUGCCCUGACAUGAUAAGCAAAGGCAAUCUGUAUGGCCAGGUGACGAUCCGCAUGCACUCCAGACAGACAUUGGCGAUUUAUGACCGGUUUGGCCGCUUGAUGCUGGGAGACGAGGAGGAACCGAGAGAUGUCCUGGAGUAUCUAGUAAUGGAGAGGCACCUGGUCAACCCGUAUGGCUGCUGGAGGCUACAUGGCAAGAUUGUCCCGGCCUGGGCACCCUCUAAAGGCCCUGUCAUUAAGACUGUUAUGCUCCCAGGCCCCCUGCUUAAACCAGGAGAGGAGUUUGAGAGUCUCAAUUAUGAAGUGCCCAAGCCAAAGCCAGUGCAGUGGUAUAAGUAGCCCAGAAGGUGGCGCCUCCAACCACAUUGUACAGACUAUCGACUUUUGACAUGACUGGUUUCCCUGAAUAAAUAUUAAAUUUAACAUACCUUUCAGUGUUCAUCACUAGAACGAUAAAAUUGUCACUAUGCAGUUGUUCAGAAUAUCUCCAGAGAAUUUUACUUAAACAUGUCCAUUAAACUAUUGCUUGUUCCCUUGUAUGUUUAAAGGAAUUAAUAGUGACUUUUUUUUGCCUGUUCUUAAACUGUUGGUGACUUUAAAGUCAUACAAACUACAUUGUACAUCAUUUCAUUUAAUUGAAUGAAAAUGCUACCACAAUCCUGUACAUUUUGUUCAAAAUUAUAGAACUACAGAACAAA